UGCAGACAGUAAAGCAGCCAUUCUAUCUCGAGCUCUCCCAGCAUCAGCACCACGGAAUUACGAGCAAUCUCUGUCUGCUUCUGAAACGGAGAAGAGUAUCGGUUUCAAACCUGCAGGGCGAAAUCUAGACAAGGCAACACGGAUUUCAGUGUCGAAAGGGGAAGUUGGAAGGCAAAUAACAGGUGCGCAAACAAUCCACAGCUGUUGCUGUGUCAUUUUGGACACCAUGGACGCGCUAAUAAAGGGGUUCUCGAAAGCCAAGGAUGGGGUCGUGGCUGCAGCGGAGAAGACAAAGCAGGGAGUAACUGGGGCGGCUGAGAUGACAAAAGGUGGCGUUAUCUUUGUCGGCAACAAAACAAAGGAUGGAGUCACAACAGUUGCAGGUAAAACAGUGUCUGGCGUUUCCCAGGUGGGCGGAGCCAUGGUAACAGGUGUGACAGCAGUGGCUCACAAGACUGUGGAGGGGGCGGGGAAUAUUGCUGCUGCGACUGGAUUGGUCAAGAAAGACACAGCCAAACAGGAUGAAGAUGCUAUGUCUAAAGACUCACCUAUCAAGGAGUCAACAGUGGACCCAGAGGGUGGUGAUACUGCUGCAGAGGAGGAUUCCGAUGGCUAUUAGAAGUACAGCACUGUCAAGUGCCUCAUCUUAGAAAAAUCCAGAACUACUGUAACAAUCCAGAAUCAACUAUCAAAACAUUCCAUGUCACCCUGCCAAGUCCAGUUGUGCCUCGUUGUGUUCCUUAAUGGAGUCUGUACCAUGUGUGUGUGUAUGACUCUGUGUGUGUAUCUAUUAGUGUGUGUGUAACGUGUGUAUGGGUGUGUCUUAAUGCUUAGUGGGUGUACGCCAGUGUGUGUGUGUGUGUGUGUGUGUGUGUGUGUGUGUGUGUGUGUGUGUGUGUGUGUGUGUGUGUGUGUGUGUGUGUGUGUGUGUGUGUGUGUGUGUGUGCGUCCGUGUCCGUGUGUGUCCUGGAGUCUCCGUCAGUCAGUCCUGAGUGGGGUCUAUAUGCCCAUCUUCAGUAACUCCCUCCCACUCAGGCAGCCACCUGGACACAGAAGGGACUACCUUUAUGUUCUGUCUAUCUGUCUGUGGACUUUGAAGUAAAUACAAAUACUGUAUACAGGACGGUGUCCGCCCACUCUGCUCCGAGGGUGGGAAAACGCAUGUUGUUUUGGUGAUGACAUGUCACUUCCUUAUGUUAUAAAAUAAAUUAAAC